UCAAAUUGAUGCGGGCAAACUGCACGCGACCGUUUUACAACUUGGAUUUCCUAUCGAGUGAAGGCUGCAUUUAGAAUUCCAGCAUAAAACUGGCGGCGUGUGCCGUGCUGCGACUGGUUAAGGUAUCGGAGGGUCGCUUCUGGCUGCUGCAGCGCAUGCGAGGUCCAUCACCUUCAAGUCCAGCUCCACCUCGACAACAGCACCUGCAAUUGAAUCCAACCACAGUCACGACUUCAACCACAUCGCAAUCUACAGUACCAACACCUGCACGACAGAUCCAUACAGAACCUCGAGGCAACAGACCACUGGCAACUCGCUCGACGCUGACCUGAAACUGUGCACUACUUCUUGAAUUGCUAACCAUCACCUCUGGUGGCUUUCCUCUUUCCUCUGUCUCUUCUCCCCACACGAGUCGUUCUCAUGGUCCUAUCCAGCCCUCUUCAACACUGCGCUUUGUGCCUAUGCUAGCACUCCUCCUCUUACGACCGCUCAAACAUGUCUGGUGUAUACUCCGUUGAGGAUCUACUGAAGCUUCGAGCGUCGCCGUUGAUAUGCAGGCCACCGAACCUGCCACCAAUCGAAGAAUGGAUGGGAACGCAGGAAACAACAGCCAGAAGGCCCACACUCCGCGGAAAACAAGACGAACCUCCUCCUGCGCAGCCUGAGACAUUUCAGAAGAGACCAGCAUUAGUCGACUCUCAGCGUCGCACAACCACUGACCCUGAACGCAUAGUACUCGGGCCUCCACGUCGUUCUUUCGCCUCUUCGAAUGCGCGCACCUUUGGAAAGGCACAAGAUGGCUCAGACGAAACUCCUGCAAGAGAGCGAGGAACGUCAUUCCAUGAAAAGUCGAGAAAUGGUGAUGCCCAAGAAAGUCCCAGCUACGAUCGGAGAACCACGCAGACAAAUGGUCGCCACAAUCGGCAACAAAGCGAGGACCCUGAUUUCGAAUACCGCCGGAACUACGACCGCAAGCCAAAAUGGGGAGGAAGAGAUAGGAAUGAGCAAGACAUAGAGGACGAGCAGGUGAUUGAAGAAUCUUCACGCGUGGUGUUUCGGCGUGAGACGCACUCGAGAAUCAAGCUAUCUCAAUCGUGGUUCAGAAAGGACGCCCCUGAUGCCCAAGACGAGCCACGUCGGGAGUCUGACCGGGCACAAGAGUGGCGGCGUAACGAUGCAGGAAGGGAUCGAGACUUCGAUCGGUCUCAGAGAUUCGAGGCAGAACCAGAGUGGAUGGACUCUACUGAACCUGAAGAACCUUUCCAAGUGCGCACACAGGAAGAUUUCCAGCGAUGGAAAGAGAGAAUGAAGGCGGGUGGAGGGACGGCCCAGGGAAAGGUGGAUCUGGCUGCUCCUUCAGAGGAACCCCAGGCCGAGCCGCUCAAGAAGGUUGCUCUGCCAGAACCAGACGAUUCGAUGGACAAGUUCUUUGCCCGCUUCGAGUCAAAGACCAAGACGAUGGAGCCGAAGCCUGGCGUUACAAAGCCUCACGGCAAGACACGAUUUGCCUCUAUCUUCAGUCCUCCUCCCGAAGAAAGCAGACAAGUUGAGUCUGCUCCCCCUAUGCCAAGGGCGGAGCGACCAUCGUCUGCUUCGGCAUCGCAGCCAGGACCUGCCGUAAACGCGGACCAAGCAGGGUUUGCGCGUAUCCUUGAAAUGCUGCAAACUCGCAGUAGCAACCCCACGCCGCAGUCCCAAGAUACUGCUAAGCCCCGGACCCCCUUGUGCUCCAGCAACACCGAGGUCAAGCCGGAAAACAGCUCCAGACCGUCUUCUCAAAGUCUUCUGACUCUAUUGGCCGGUCAGAGCACCACCCCUCAGCCUUCAGUGCCAACACGAACACAACCGUCCGACAGUCCUCAGGGUGUUACGGAUCCGCGAUCUACAGCAGAACCACCAAGUCAUACCAGACAGCAAUCAAGCAUCAACAAAGACGAAGUGCUUCUGAACCUGCUUCGGCAGGCUAGUCUCGCGCCGAAACCUCAACCACAGGCUCCGCACCAGCAAGUUGAGGGCCGAGGUGGAGCGGGCAUGUACGGUGUCGCGGUCGACUCCAGCGGGCGAAUAGGCACAGCUCGAGGACAGAUGACUGCUAACGAGCAAAUGCAACAAGCUAUGGAUCAGCGAGCAGAUAGCGGACGGGCAAUGUACAACGACUCUCCUGUCGCAAUGUACCAGAACGAGCCCGGCACACGUGACCGAGUUUCUGCUGGACGACCUGUCCCUGAAUCCCAGCCUGGACUAGGCGAUGAUCCGUUGAUGGCGCUUUUGGCCGCCCAAAACGUACGGCAGCGACCAGCGAGACCUGCGCAGCCAGCUCAAGGGCCUCCUCCUGGGCUUGCGAGACCACCUGGACUACAUCAGCCGGGUCUGAAGGAACCCCAGGCGUGGCCAAUUCAGCAACAACCACAACCACCGCCUCAGCAACAGCAACAACCUGUGCGCCAGCCUUCGCUUCCACCGGGCUUGGCCAAUGUCCCUCGUCCAAUGCCAGGGGCACCACCACCAUACGGCCUACCUCCCCAACUACAUAUUCAAACUGGUCUUCCACAACCAGCGCAGCAACAGCAGCGACCACAACAACCGCAGCAGCAAAUACCACCACAGCAACAACAUCAGCGCAAAUAUACGGGAGACCUUAGUCCACUACCAACCAAGCCAACAGGAGUUCCUAGUAUGCCGACCCUUCCUCCAGGAAUGUAUCCGCCACCGGGAUUCAUGAACGCAGGUCCUCCGCCUGGAUUUCCAGGAUCCGCGGCGAUGCCGGCGAACUUGAACGUCCAAGGCCGAUAUCCGGGCGAACCGGGUCCUCCUCCGCCUCCUCUUCCGCCAGGCAUGAACCAUAGUGGAUAUAUGGAAAUGUAUGGGAACUUCGGGCCGCGGGGAGCUGGGGUCAGAGGGGGUGCGAACGAAGGCAUGCCGCCUUUUAGAUGAUGCCGCAAAGAAUGAGAGUGUGCAAGGACGAAUGGUGGAUGCGAUAAACCCGCCCAUGCACUGCAUGGCCUUGUCAUGUACCCUCCAGUCCCGUCAUGGCAUGUCAUGCGGGUAAGGAUGAAUUUGGAUGUGUGUGCCUUUGAGUGACAUGGAGAACCAAGGAGCCCUAAAUGAGCGAAGGGCUUCAAGUUGUAUGUGGGGAUCAGGUACGGGACGGAUGAAUGUGACUUGCCUGCCUUUCUCAGGUAGGUAGUCUCCAAAAAGCUGCAGACAGUGCAGUGGACUCGAAGUGCAAAAUCACGUUUGACAGCCGCUGAGCGUGGGUGUUCUGUUCAAUGAAACGGAAAAAUGAAAUACAUUGGACGGGAUUGAAGUUCAUCAUUCUCCUUUUCUUUCGCUUCCCACGGCACUGCACUGCAUGGUACCUGUAUGUACACUAUGACCCCUGUCUACGGGUUAUCUGGUGGAUUCCCGCAGUCCGAGUCGUUAAUACAUGUCGGCAGUCAAGAAAACUGUUCUUUCGUGUAACCUGGGUGGGAAAUACCGUAGCUGUACUAGUAUGUCUAUCUAAUUGUCCUAGUUCUUCUUUUUCAAAGCAUCCACAAACUUCUGCGGCGGAGGCUGACGAUAUCCCUCGGGGUUGUUCUCCGU